AUGGAUUCAGAUUCAGACUCGCCUUUUAACUACUCAUGGCCUUCAUUUCCCAAAAUGAAGAUUCGAAGGAGGGCAUCCAGACAAGAAAGACACCACUCUUUUGAUGUUCUCAAAAAAUCAAAAAAUUCAUCAACUUUCCUUGCCGCAUCUCGACUUUCCAACAUGCUCAAUGGCAGUGAUGAAGUCUAUGCAAAUUGCAUGGUGAUUGAUCAGGUUGGAGAUUUGGAUAUUAACUAUGUUAAUGUAGAAGGUAUAACUGCCCAGUCCAGCCCAGAAUCCAUGAACUCAACUUUGCUGUCUCAGGACUGUGCACGUGCUUUGCCCAAGGAGACCAGCCAAGAUGUUAUUGCAUUAAGUGAAAACAGUCAAGUAGCAGUAAACAGUGGAGAGUGCCAGCCCUUCAUGUCUCCUACCAGUUUGUGUACAUCAAGUUCACAUCUGCCUUUCAAACUACAUGAAUUAGAAAAGGAACAAAGUCAAUUGAAGAAAAGAAGUUCCAGUCUUGAUGCCCUGGAUGCUGACAGUGAAGGGGAAGGGAAUUCUGAGCAAUCCCAUAUCUGCUACCCUCCAGAGACUCACAUUUCCUCAGCAACAGGGACCACAAGUGGGGAUGAAUUGGAUUCUUUUGAAACUAACGUCGAACUGGAUUUUAACAUCAGCAGGACUGAAUCACUUUCUAUUUCCAGCAAUCUGCAGUCAAAGGAUUCACUCCUCUCUGGACUCCGCUCACGUUCCUAUUCCUGCUCAUCACCCAAAAUUUCCUUAGGAAAAACCCGUUUGGUACGUGAUUGCACAGUGUGUGAUUCAAGUGAAGAGCAAAGAGCUUACAGCUUAUCGGAGCCAUCACGAGAGAAAAGGAUUCAAGAGGAGGAGUGGGAUAAAUACAUCAUACCUGCCAAAUCAGAAUCAGAAAAGUACAAAGUGAGUCGCACAUUCAGCUUCCUCAUGAACAGAAUGACCAGCCCAAGGAAUAAAUCCAAGACAAAGAACAAGGAUGCCAAAGACAAAGAGAAAUUGAAUCGACAUCAAUUUGUCCCCGGGAUGUUCUCAGGGGUUCUGCCAUGUUUCGUUUGUGACAAAGCCCUUCUGGGAAAAGAGUCAUUCCAGUGUGCUAUCUGUAAUGCAAGUGUACACAAAAACUGCAGAGAAUGCACCCUUCCAUGUACCAAGAAACUCCAGGAGAGACAUCAUAAUAAGAACAGACCACAAGCCAUCCUUGGAAAUUCCUCAUUUAAAGAUAUUCCUCAUCCCAAUUCCUCCUCGCUGCAUCCUUCUUCUUCUAUGCCUAUUGGUCUCCCCACUGGAAGAAAAGAAACUACAUGUCCAGGGAACUCACUGUCCAGAAGUGUGCCUGGUACCAGCCUAGAAAGUUUCAGAAGGUCAGUGACAUCUUUGGAAUCAGAUGCCGACAGCAGUAAUUGGAGGACCAGGUCACAUUCUGAUGAGCUGUUACAGUCCAUGGGAUCUUCUCCCUCCAUGGAUUCAUUCAUAAUGGAAGAAGUUGUUGAUUCAUCUCUAUGGAGUGACCUCAGCUCUGAUGCACAGGAGCUUGAAGCCGAGUCCUGGAGUCUUGUGGUAGAGCCAUCAUUUUGCAGCAGGCAGGAAAAAGAUGUCAUCAAAAGACAGGAUGUCAUUUUUGAACUGAUGCAAACUGAAAUGCAUCACAUCCAGACCCUGCUCAUCAUGUCUGAAAUAUUUAGAAAAGGAAUGAAGGAAGAACUCCAGCUUGAUCAUAGCACUGUGGAUAAAAUAUUUCCCUGUUUAGAUGAGUUACUAGAGGUUCAUAGGCAUUUCUUCUAUAGCAUGAAGGAGAGGAGGCAGGAAUCCUGUGAAGGCAGUGACAGAAAUUUUGUCAUCAACCGAAUUGGGGACAUCCUGGUGCAGCAGUUUUCAGAAGAAAAUGCAAACACGAUGAAGAAAAUAUAUGGAGAAUUCUGUAGCCAUCAUAAAGAAGCUGUCAAUCUCUUCAAAGAGUUACAGCAGAACAAAAAGUUUCAGAAUUUCAUCAAAGUGCGAAACAGUAACCUUUUGGCUCGACGUCGUGGAAUUCCAGAGUGUAUUCUAUUGGUCACUCAGCGUAUCACAAAAUACCCAGUUUUAGUGGAAAGGAUUCUACAAUACUCCAAGGAAGGAACUGAAGAGCACAAAGACUUGUGCAAAGCCCUUUGCUUAAUUAAGGACAUGAUUGCUGCAGUGGAUUUAACAGUCAACGAGUAUGAAAAAAAGCAAAAAUGGCUGGAGAUCCUGAAUAAAAUAGAAAACAAAACUUGUACAAAGCUUAAAAAUGGCCAUGUUUUUAGGAAGCAAGCUCUGAUAAGUAAAGAAAGGACCCUGUUAUAUGAUGGUCUUGUUUAUUGGAAGACUGCAACGGGCAGAUUCAAAGAUAUUCUUGCUCUGCUUCUAACUGAUGUGCUACUCUUCUUACAAGAAAAAGACCAGAAAUAUAUCUUUGCAGCAGUCGACCAGAAGCCACCUGUUAUCUCCCUUCAGAAGCUGAUUGCUAGAGAAGUAGCCAAUGAAGAGAGAGGGAUGUUUCUCAUCAGUGCUUCAUCUGCUGGCCCUGAGAUGUAUGAAAUUCAUACCAACUCUAAGGAGGAGCGCAAUAACUGGAUGAGGAGGAUACAACAAGCAGUAGAAAGUUGCCCAGAGGAAGAAGGGGGAAGGAUGAGUGAAUCCGAUGAGGAUAAAAAGAAAACUGAAGCAAGAGUGGCCAGAAUCCAGCAGUGUCAAGAGAUACUUAGUAACCAGGACCAACAAAUCUGCACUUACUUGGAAGAGAAGCUUCAUAUCUAUGCAGAACUUGGAGAGAUGAGUGGACUUGAAGAUGUCCAUUUAGAACCUCAUCUUCUUAUUAAGCCUGAUCCAGGAGAAGCCCCUCAGGCUGCCUCGUUAUUAGCAGCAGCACUAAAGGAAGCGGAAAGCCUUCAAGUUGCUGUGAUGGCCACACAAACAGGGGAUGCAAAUCAUUCAUCUGAGGAGAACUGUGGAGAAUUAGGCUCUACAGAUGCACUGCAGGCUGGUGAAGUACCUGAGCCCUCUACUGCUUCACAAGUUACCGAAGGAGAAGGAAGAAGAGAAUCUUGUGAUAUGGAAUCCUGUAUCCGUGGUAUUGUAAAUAACAUGGCAGGCCCUGAUGCAGGGGAGAAGGCUGAAUACAUAGAUUUUCCAGGUUCAUCACAGGCAGAGAUUAUACAAGCCAUCCAGAAUUUAACUCGUCUCUUGUAUAGCCUCCAGGCCGCCCUAACAAUUCAAGACAGUCACAUUGAACUCCAUAAACUAAUACUCCAGCAGCAUGAGAGAAUGCCCCAUGGUCUCUCUUUCCGGGGAGGGCUACUCCAGGAGCAAGAAAAGUCCCGCCAUUUGGAGAAACAGCGGGAAGAGCUAGCCAAUAUCCACAAGCUACAGCAUCAGUUCCAGCAAGAGCAGCAGCGCUGGUACCGAAAGUGUGACCAGAGGCAGCGAGAGCAGGAAGCAAAAGAAAAAUGGCUGCAGGAGCGUGAGAAGGAGUGCCAAAGUCAGGAGGAACUGCUCAGCCGGAGUCGGGGGGAACUGGACCAUCAGCUCCAGGAGUACCAGCAAAACCUGGAGCGGCUGAGGGAAGGCCAGAGGAUGGUGGAGAGAGAAAGGGAGAAGGUCAGGAUCCAGCAGAGUCUCUUGUGUCACUGGAAACACAGUCGGCAGAGUAGUCUCCCAGCAGGCUUUUCUCCAGGAAAUCAGGUAACUGACCUUAUUCGAUCGGACAGCCUAUGCCAUGAGAAUUCAUUCUUCGUAAAUGAAGCUUUAGUACACAUGUCACUCAACACUCUCAACAAAUCAAACUCAUCUGGGGUGCCCCAAGAUAUCCUAUGCCCCUUAAAUAUCUCAGAUUCUGAUUUAACAAGGACUAGUGAGAACCAGACAGACCUCAAGAUGGACAUUUCUUAUCACUCCGAUGUCACUCAUGAACUAUGGAGAACUACUGACCCUGGUCAUCAGGUACCAUCUCUCCCCAGAGGCAACAAGGAUUGUUGUAACAAUGAUUUGGAAGAGAAUCAAAGUCAGUGCUCAAAAACACCCCAUUCAAAUCCUGGAAAUAUUCAUCCCUGGCAGAAUCCCGAGGCUAAGCUGAACUUGCCAUCCACAAACUUACGUGAUGGGGACAGUGGAGAUGGAGUCGAAGAAAAUAUUGUUUACCUCUGACUGUGUGUUGUCAUUUUGUGUUGUUUAAAACAGAACACUAGCACUUUGGAGUUAAAGUUGUAUUUUUUGCUUUCCUAAUGUGUAGUGGCUGUCUCUAAGAACUAUCUGCUUUAAGAAUAGUAUUUAAUGUUCUGUGCAGGAACUUUGUUUUUUGACCUGAGUAUAAUGAUUAAGUUAUUUUGAAAACACUCCUUUUUUUUAAUAAGCUUUAACUUAUCAUAGCCCCUUACAGGUGUCUAAUGGGGAAGUCCAAUUUAAAUGAACAGAGAUAUUUUAAACAUCACAGUGAUGCUAUAGAAACUUCAUAUUGUAUUUGUAUCAUCUUGAAUCUCCAAAUUUCUCCUAAAACCUGGACUUAAAAAAAAAAAAAAGAAUGGAUUCCAAGAGUUCCAUGACUGGC